UGAAGAAUCCUAGGAUUAUCACUCUUUAUUAUUAUUACACAGUAGCUGCUCUAUGCCAGUGCCCUUGAGCUUUCUCUCUGUCUUUUCAACAUACAUUUCUCAAGUCCUUACCAUGAGCCAGGCUCAGUACUCGGUGCUGGGGCUAAGGUGCUGAGCAAAACAGGACAAUCCCUACCCUCACAAAAGUUUAUAGUGAGAGGGGUGGGGACACAUGGACAAGGGGCAGUUUAAUUGUGAUAAGUACUAUGGAGGAAAUGUACAGAGGGUAAACAGGGGGCCAAAUUUAGUGUGGGUGGGGGAGCUGGGACAUCUUCCCUGAGGAAGUUCCAUCUAAGCUGUGACCCGAGGGAGAAGUUGCAUUUGGCUUGGUGAAGUGUGCAUGGUGUGAGUACGAUGAGGAACAAUGUAGAAAGAGAUUCCCUUUUGUAUAGAGGUCACCGAUUGGCAGCUCACAGGCUGAAUUCAUUCCAUAGACGUGAUUUAUUUGGCUUGCAGUGUUGAAAAAUGUGAGUUACUUGCCAGCAUUUAAAACUCAGGAGAUGUCAUGUUAAAAUGUACAUUUUUUUCAGCUUCUGUUGAAAAUCAGAAGAUCAGGCUCCACUGGGAUGCCCGUGCCGGCUAUGUGCUGGUGAGGUGCCUGCCCCGGUGCUCAGGAGUGGACUUUUCAGUUCCUCCCAGACCUCCUUUGCUCAUUGACACAGGCACUCGAGCUUGUAACCACCAAGAAAUCAGUGCUUUUUAGGGAAGAGGUGAAUGUUGAAGUGUACUGCUUUGGAGUCCGGCAGAUCUAGGUUAGAAUCUUGGUUCCCACACCUCCGUGGCUGCUUGAUGUAGGGCGAGUUACCCGCCUGCUUCUGUCUCGGUUUCCUCACCUGCUGAAUGGGGAUCCCGUCGUCCUCCUCCAUACUUUUAUCAGCAUGUCCUGGUUUAGUGGCCUCCUGGUCCCCAAGGUGGAUGAACGGAAAACAGCCUGGGGUGAACGCAAUGGGCAGAAGCGUCCACGCCGUGGGACUCGGACCAGCGGCUUCUGCACACCGCGCUAUAUGAGCUGCCUCCGGGAUGCACAGCCCCCCAGCCCCACCCCUGCAGCUCCUCCUCGGUGCCCCUGGCAGGAUGAGACUUUCGUGCGGAGAGGUGGCCCAGGCAAGGAGCCAGGGCUGCGGGCGGUGGCCCUCGGCUUUGAGGACACUGAGGCGAUGGCGGCGGUCGGGGCAGCCGAGGUGGCACCCGACGUGGCAGCCCGGGGUAGGCGGUCUUGCUGGCGCCGUGUGGCCCAGGUGUUCCAGUCCAAGCAGUUCCGCUCGGCCAAGCUGGAGCGCCUGUACCAGCGGUACUUCUUUCAGAUGAACCAGAGCAGCCUGACGCUGCUGAUGGCCGUGCUGGUGCUGCUGACGGCCGUGCUGCUAGCCUUUCAUGCUGCACCUGCCCGCCCUCAGCCUGCCUAUGUGGCCCUACUGGCCUGUGCCGCCGCCCUCUUCGUAGCGCUCAUGGUAGUGUGUAACCGGCACAGCUUCCGCCAGGACUCCAUGUGGGUGGUGAGCUAUGUGGUGCUGGGCAUCCUGGCAGCCGUGCAGGUUGGGGGUGCCCUGGCAGCCAACCCCCGCAGCCCCUCUGUGGGCCUCUGGUGCCCCGUGUUUUUUGUCUACAUCACCUACACGCUCCUACCCAUCCGCAUGCGGGCGGCUGUCUUCAGUGGCCUGGGCCUCUCCACCCUGCAUCUGAUCUUGGCCUGGCAGCUCAACCAUGGUGAUGCCUUCCUCUGGAAGCAGCUUGGUGCCAACAUGCUGCUGUUCCUCUGCACCAACGUCAUUGGCAUCUGCACACAUUAUCCAGCUGAGGUGUCUCAGCGCCAGGCCUUUCAGGAGACCCGUGGUUACAUCCAGGCCCGGCUGCACCUGCAGCAUGAGAAUCGGCAGCAGGAACGGCUGCUGCUAUCAGUGUUGCCCCAGCACGUUGCCAUGGAGAUGAAAGAAGAUAUCAACACAAAGAAAGAAGACAUGAUGUUCCACAAGAUCUACAUACAGAAGCAUGACAAUGUCAGCAUCCUGUUUGCAGACAUUGAAGGCUUCACCAGCCUGGCAUCCCAGUGCACUGCGCAGGAGCUGGUCAUGACCCUGAACGAGCUCUUUGCCCGGUUUGACAAACUGGCUGCGGAAAAUCAUUGCCUGAGGAUCAAGAUCUUAGGGGACUGUUACUACUGUGUGUCGGGGCUGCCGGAAGCCCGAGCAGACCAUGCCCACUGCUGUGUGGAGAUGGGGGUGGACAUGAUCGAGGCCAUCUCGCUGGUGCGUGAGGUGACAGGUGUGAACGUGAACAUGCGCGUGGGCAUCCACAGCGGGCGUGUGCACUGUGGCGUCCUUGGUCUGCGGAAAUGGCAAUUCGAUGUGUGGUCCAAUGACGUGACUCUGGCCAACCACAUGGAGGCGGGGGGCCGGGCCGGCCGCAUCCAUAUCACUCGGGCCACACUGCAGUACCUGAAUGGGGAUUAUGAGGUGGAGCCAGGCCGUGGUGGUGAGCGUAAUGCAUACCUCAAGGAGCAGCAUAUCGAGACCUUCCUCAUCCUGGGAGCCAGCCAGAAACGGAAAGAGGAGAAGGCCAUGCUGGCCAAGCUGCAGCGUACACGGGCCAACUCCAUGGAAGGACUGAUGCCACGCUGGGUGCCUGAGCGCGCCUUUUCCCGGACCAAGGACUCCAAGGCUUUCCGCCAGAUGGGCAUUGAUGAUUCCAGCAAAGACAACCGGGGUGCCCAAGAUGCCCUGAACCCUGAGGAUGAGGUAGAUGAGUUCCUGGGCCGUGCCAUCGAUGCCCGCAGCAUCGAUCAACUACGGAAGGACCAUGUGCGCCGCUUCCUGCUCACUUUCCAGAGAGAGGAUCUUGAAAAGAAGUACUCGCGGAAGGUGGACCCCCGCUUCGGAGCCUACGUAGCCUGUGCGCUGUUGGUCUUCUGCUUCAUCUGCUUUAUCCAACUCCUCGUCUUCCCACAUUCAACUCUGCUGCUUGGGAUCUAUGCCAGUAUCUUCCUGCUGUUGCUGAUCACUGUGCUGACCUGUGCCGUGUACUCCUGUGGCUCUCUCUUCCCCAAGGCCCUGCAACGCCUUUCCCGCAGCAUUGUCCGUUCUCGGGCACACAGCACUGCGGUUGGCAUCUUUUCAGUCUUGCUUGUGUUCACCUCUGCCAUCGCCAACAUGUUCACCUGUAACCACACCCCCAUACGGACUUGUGCAGCCCGGAUGCUGAAUGUAACACCUGCUGACAUCACUGCCUGCCACCUGCAGCAGCUCAAUUACUCUCUGGGCCUGGAUGCUCCCCUGUGUGAGGGCACCGCACCCACUUGCAGCUUCCCUGAGUACUUCGUUGGGAACAUGCUGCUGAGUCUCUUGGCCAGCUCUGUCUUCCUACACAUCAGUAGCAUCGGGAAGUUGGCAAUGAUCUUUGUCCUCGGGCUCAUCUAUUUGGUGCUGCUUCUGCUGGGCCCCCCAGCCACCAUCUUUGACAACUAUGACCUGCUGCUUGGUGUCCAUGGCUUGGCUUCUUCCAAUGAGACUUUCGACGGGCUGGACUGCCCAGCUGCAGGGAGGGUAGCACUCAAAUACAUGACCCCCGUGAUUCUGCUGGUGUUUGCUCUGGCGCUGUAUCUGCAUGCCCAGCAGGUGGAAUCAACUGCUCGUCUGGACUUCCUCUGGAAACUGCAGGCAACAGGGGAGAAGGAGGAGAUGGAGGAGCUGCAGGCAUACAACCGAAGGCUGCUCCAUAACAUUCUGCCCAAGGACGUGGCUGCCCACUUCCUGGCCCGGGAGCGCCGGAACGAUGAACUCUACUAUCAGUCGUGUGAGUGUGUGGCCGUCAUGUUUGCCUCCAUUGCCAACUUUUCUGAGUUCUAUGUGGAGCUGGAGGCAAACAAUGAGGGCGUCGAGUGCCUGCGGCUGCUCAACGAAAUCAUCGCUGACUUUGAUGAGAUCAUCAGCGAGGAGCGGUUCCGGCAGCUGGAGAAGAUCAAGACGAUUGGUAGCACCUACAUGGCUGCCUCAGGGCUGAAUGCCAGCACCUAUGAUCAAGCGGGCCGCUCCCAUAUCACUGCCCUGGCUGACUAUGCCAUGCGGCUCAUGGAACAGAUGAAGCACAUCAACGAGCACUCCUUCAACAAUUUCCAGAUGAAGAUUGGGCUGAACAUGGGCCCAGUCGUGGCAGGCGUCAUUGGGGCUCGGAAACCACAGUAUGACAUCUGGGGGAACACAGUGAAUGUCUCUAGCCGUAUGGACAGCACGGGGGUCCCUGACCGAAUCCAGGUGACCACGGACUUGUACCAGGUUCUAGCUGCCAAGGGCUACCAGCUGGAGUGUCGAGGGGUGGUCAAGGUGAAGGGCAAGGGGGAGAUGACCACCUACUUCCUCAAUGGGGGCCCCCCCAGUUAGCAGGACCCAACUACACAUUCAGCUGACAGGACCAAGGUGGGCAUUUGAGUGGACUCUGUGCUCGCUGGGUGGAGCUGUGGCAGGGGGCACCGAGCCUCCAGACCCUGCUGACCACAAAAGGGAACCUCCCAGCAGGCUGUGCUUGGACCAUGCUCGUCUGCCCUCAGGCUGGUGAACAGGGGGAUACCAAGAGGAUUAUGCAAGUGACUUUUACUUUUCUAAUUGGGAUAGGGCUGUUCCCUCUCCUCUCUUCCAGCUUUUGGGAGCAGGGGAGGGGGCAGGGCAGCAGCAGAGGCAGCAGGGAUUAAAAUGGCAGCUUGCCAUGCCUACCCUUUCCCUGUCUGGGUAACAGACUCAGGGCUGGGCCCUUCCUUUCCCUCUUUUUCCUGGGAAUAUUUUGUACAAAGACUGGGGCAGGCAUGAGGAGUGCCUAUUCCAUGCUUGCCUCUGCUAUGCCUGCAUCCCCAGCACUGGCCUUGGAUACCCCACCCCAGUCGGGUCUUCCUCCUAGGCACAGGGCAGACGAGGGAGAUGCUCUAGGGACCCUGCUCUGUCCAUAUUUCAGGGGAAUGUUUCCAUUUGCCAAAUCCUAGUCCCAUGAUCUGUCCCCAAAGGGGAACAAAGGGACUUCUGACAGCUCAGAUUUAGCCCUAGUUCCUGCACAGCUCCAGGAAAAGGGGCAUCUAGCCUCCUUUGGUACUGUGAAAACACCCAGCCAGAAAGCAAGCAUGUAUGUGGGGAUGUCAAAAGGUCAGGAGCUGGAAGUUCACCUGUAGAUGCCCAAGAGAGCAGGCUGGCCAGGGAGUGGGGUGGUACCAGACUCUUGAUCUGAGGGCCCCAUUGGGGUCAGGAUCAGGUCACUCCGCCCCCAUGUUCUCUUGCUGUCUGCUGGCAAGGGGGCACAGAGCAUCUCUACCCCUUCUGUUGCCAAAUAGAAAAGGGUCAGGGCAUGGAGGAGGGUGACCCUGAUCUCAAACCUGUCCUCCCAAGUCUUGGCACUGGGGAGGGCCUGUAUGUCUGUGUAAUGUGUGUGCCUGUCAGCCUUUUUGUGUGUGUAUCUGUUUCCAGGUCUGUGUGUGUCCUUAUGGUUCUCCUCAGCUCUCCACCCUGGGUUGCCUCUCUCCUGUGGGCCUCUGUCUUCGGGGAAUAAGGCAGGGUUUCUGAUUUCAAGGGAUGGAGAGAGACGCCUAGGUUGUACAGGAGUAGCAUGGGGUGUGGCAGCAAGAGGAAGGUGGCCCUGGGGAGAGGAGUCCUUUUUGUGCCAAAUCCCUAAGUGCCAUUUGGGGGCCGUGUGUGCAGCAUGACUGUCUCCCUGCCUGGGGCAGGGACCCAAGCGCCUGCUUGAGCCUCAGUGCUCCAUGCACUUGAAUUGUCUGGGUUUGGCGGGCAGAGCCUCAAGACUUUCCUGGGUUCCCCAGAUGGUGGUAUACUUUGGGACUGGGGUAGCAUGGGAUCCCUCUGAGGACCCAGAUACUGGUACUAGGGGAUGGGGCAAGGGAACCUGAAACUUGGCUUUCCCCAGCCUUCAGUCUCAGUCUAGCAUGUUCCUGGCUCCCCAGUCUCCAUGAAGCCUUCAAGGGCUGGAAGGAGGGUCAGGAGGUUGGACUCUAGAUUCCCUUCCUAUCUCUGCCUUCCUUUUACUCCUUUCCCUGCAACCUCCUUGCCACCUAACUUAGUUGGUGCCUUGGUUUCUCUGUCUGUCUGUACCUAUUUAAGCCAGAGGCAUUAGCCUGAAUUUUGCUUGAAGAUCAUUUUGUGUUAAAGAUGAUUAGAGAGACAGAGAAGAGGGUUCCAGAGUUGCUAAGUUUGGGGAAUGAAAGGGGUGGGUGGCACCCUUGCCCUUCCUCAUGCCUUUUCUGACUCGAGCUCCUUGCAGAGGCCUGGUUUCUGGCUUGCACUGCCUGCCUUGGGGGAUCUUGAUGCAUCAGUCAAGUGGGUCAUCAGGCACUUCAUUAGCUAUGGCAGGAGGAGGGGAAAAGACUAGUUGGUCCAGAGAGAAGAUCAACUCCCUCUCCCCAGACAUAUCCCUGGAUGGGAAAGGGACUGCUUGGAGCCCUGGGGUGGGGAUAGGGGUGUAAGGAGACCAGAGUGGGAAGACCUCAGUCUUGGGUGAUUUGUCUUUGCUUCUUGUCAAGUGGGAGGGACCUGUCCAACACCCUGACUCCCCAUACCACAGUGCCAGCCAUGCCCUUUUCCUGGGCUACCAUUGCCCCCUUUCUCACCAGUUGGUGGGGGAGUCAGUGGAUGGGAGGCCCAUGGACUUUGGUUUUAUAAUGUAACCACUGUGGGGGUGGGGGAGGGUGGUAUACCAUGUAUUUCAGUGAAAUAUUUAAUAUAUUUAAAUAUCAAUAAAAUCAAACUCUUUGUAAAAUU